AGAAACUCACUCCGAUGCUACCUGCAUUGGACACCUUGGGAGAAGCAGAGCCCGAAUCCCAAGCAGAUGGCCCCGCUGAACUCGGGCCGCUCUGUCCUUCCCAGUCCGGCCUCAGUUUCCACGGCUGUUCAUGGAAGGGGUUUUGUAAAACUCGCCCGAGCGCCAGCAAUGCCCCGCCACCGCGACAGCCACGCUCCGGGCCGCGGAGCUUUGACCCCGCGGCUCGCAGGUAAGGGCGGAGGCGGCAGGUGUUCAAAGUCCCUGCGUUCGCCGGGUUGUAGUCCGGCCAGACUACCGGGCGCCGGCAGAGGGUGCCCGGGGUCACGAAACCGCAGAACCCGCGGCAGGGUGCUCAUGGGGAAACUGAGGCGCGCCGGACUCCCACCGGGAGUUACAGGUAGAGUUGGGGAGGGAUUUGGGUCCCCCGCUUGGAGGUUUUAGGGAAACCCGGCGAGAAGCAGGGGAUGGGCGGGGGUGGAGCGGACGGUGCCGGCAGCUGCGGCAGACCGUGGCUGCGUCCCGGGGAGGCACGAAAUCCGGCGCUGCUGCUGGCGGGCAGCGGGCUAACUAGGGCUCAGGCGUCCAGAAAUCAGGUGGCGGCCAUCGGUGGAGCGGCUGUGGGUCAGCCCCCCGGGGCGCACCGGCCCGUACCGGGCUCCGGCCCCCUCCGCCGGCUCCCGCCCCGCGCGCCCACGCCUCCCCCCCGACUUCGGGAGCCCUCCGCCCCAUUUCACCCGCGUUCACCCGGGUUCGGGGAGGGGCCUAAUCCCGGUGGCCUCCAGAGGCGGCGGGCAGGCGGGGCCCCAGUGGGGGACGUCUUUAUAAGCGUCUCUGCCCCUCUCCCCGCCCUCCCCAGCUCCGGGCUCGGGAUGGCGCUGGCCAUGGGGGUCGUCUCCCUCCUUCUCCUUUUCCUCUUGCUGGUCGUCCUCCUCCUGGGGCUCCGGGGCCGCCGCUCCUCUCGCCUUCCCCCGGGGCCGCUGCCGCUGCCGCUGCUGGGGAAUCUGGGCCAGCUGUGGCCGGGGGCGCUGUACCCUGGGCUGCUCCAGCUCAGUGCCGAGUAUGGCCCCGUGUUCACUGUUUACCUGGGCUCCCGGCCUGUGGUUAUCCUAAGUGGUUACGAGGCCGUCAAAGAGGCAUUGGUGGACCAGGCGGAGGCGUUCUCCGGGCGAGGGAAAGUGGCCACAUUGGAGAAGACCUUCAAUCAGCAUGGCAUUUUCUUCGCCAACGGGGAGCAAUGGAAACACCUUCGGAAGUUUACCACCCUCUCUCUAAGAAAUCUGGGCAUGGGGAAGAAAGAAGGAGAAGAACAAAUUCAAGAGGAGGCCAGAUACCUGGUGGAAGCAUUACAGAAUACCCAAGGGUCUCUGUUGGACCCUUCCCUGCUUCUGUCUCAGGCCGUCUCCAACAUCACCUGCGUUCUCCUGUUUGGAAGUCGCUUUGACUAUGAAGACGCCAAGUUCCGAGAUCUGGUCCUUGCUGCUGCAGGCACCCUGAAGGAGAUUAGCACCCCAUGGGGACAGCUCUGCGAGAUGUUCUUGGGUCCCCUCUACUACCUGUCGGACAUCCUGCGCUAUCUCUCGGCUCCCCAUAGCCGGCUCAUAGGCCACCUGAACACCCUGGCGACCUUUGUCUCAAGCCAGAUUCAGCAGCACCAGCAGAAGCUGGAACCUCAGGCCCCAGUCAGGGACUUUGUGGAUGAUUUCCUGCUCAAAAUGGGCCAGGAAGAAAAAGCCCCAGGCUCUGGCCACACAGAUUUCCUGCUGACCGCUGUGAACCUGCUCUUUGCGGGGACGGUAACAGUCAGUGCCACGCUCAGAUACGCGUUCCUGCUCCUGCUUAAAUACCCAGAGGUCCAAGAUCGAAUCCAGGAGGAGCUGAGCAGAGAGCUGGGCCGUGACAGACCUCCCAGCCUGGGGGACCGUGGGCGUCUUCCCUAUACUGAUGCCUUCCUGCAUGAGGUUCAGCGGUUCCUGGCCCUCAUCCCUAUGGGGGUGCCCCGCGCCCUCACAAAACCCACCACCUUCCGGGGCUAUACACUGCCCCAGGGCAUUGAAGUCUUCCCACUCCUGGGCUCCGUUCUCCACGACCCAGAGUUCUUUGAGAGGCCAAAGGAAUUCGACCCCAGCCGUUUCCUGGAUGCUGAUGGCCGAUUCAAGAAAAACGAGGCUUUCUUGCCUUUCUCCUUAGGGAAGCGAAUUUGUCUCGGAGAAGGCCUGGCCCGAACCGAACUCUUCCUCUUCUUCACCACCAUCCUCCAGAAUUUCUCCCUGGAGAGCCCCUCCCCACCAGAGGCUCUGAGCCUCCAGCCGGCCAUCAGCGGCUUCGCCAACAUCCCCCCGGCCUUCCAGCUCCGAUUCAAGCCUCGCUGACUGGCGGGGGGAGAGGGUAGCGGGAGACCUGAAGCCCCAAGGCCGAUGAACUGGUGCCCGGGUUGGGACGGAUCCAAGGGGUUCGGAGACAGCUCCCUGAGACUCCCAAAGAACGGAGACCUCGGGGCAGAUUCAUCCCUUCCAGAGACUCCCUCCCAACACGCAUCCCCAGCUUUGCUCACAAAUGCAGGCGGCCCAGCAUCCCGUAUUUAUUCAGCUCAACGCUCCCUUUCUUAGCCACGUCCUACGUGGGACACGGUUUGGAGCUGGGGAUCCGGGUUCAAAUUCUGUCUGUCCUCCCUCUGUCACGGGCCGUUACCCCUUUUUCUGAGCGGUGACAAUCCUUACAUAAUCCACGACCCACAAGCCAGUGCGUCUCCCCGGGGACACUUAAACACACCCUGACUUUCUCGGGAGCACAGAGUAAGUAGGAAAGGCCCACCCAGUCCGCCCAACCCUUACUUGAGCCAGAGCUCUGCCUGCCACAUCCUGGACAGGUUCCUCUGCUGUUUGAUGACCCCGGCCUCCGGAGAGGGGGAAGCCAUUCCUGAUGGGUAGAAAGACCCCCGGCCUUCUCUUGUCUGGCUCUCUGCUAGUCUUACCCAGGGCGCAAAUAGCCACAGCUCCCCCACUCCCUGGGGAAAGGGCAGACCCAGCAGCCUCUGCAGUUCCUCCAAGGGGGCCUGCUGGGCCUUCUGACCCCCUGCAAACGCCCCUCCCCAAAGCACCGGGGCCCUGGGAACGAGGCUGCGUCCCUCCCCCUCCCCUCAUCCCCCAAUAAACACUCCGUCCUCCUCCUGAAA